UUUGUUAUCUGUGGAAAAACGUCGUGAGUGGUCUUCCGUCAUUGUUCACUGCCGCCAACCGGAUCGAUUGACCUGGGUUAUUUUGCAGUGUGCAUUAUCUGGUGUAGCAGUUCUGUAUUCGCUGGUGUAGACACAGUAAAAGCAGGAAAUAUUUUACAAGUAUUAUCAAAUUUAAAAUAUAUGCUCAAAACAAAGAUAUACAGAAACAGAGUCAGGAUUAUAUAUUUCAUUGCAUUUAUCUCUCUGUUAUACAAUGAGUAUCUCAGUUACACAAUGCACAGAUAUGUUCUCUGGCCAAAUCUUACCUGUGAGAGAUCUCAUGAGUGUGUCAGCAUUCUCUUUGUUGCUGAUCCACAAAUUAUUGGUGAACAAUUUGAGAUGCCAUUUCCUAUCGGGACCUUAGCUAGGUGGGACUGUGACAGAUAUUUACGUAACACAUUCACAAGGGCAGUUUCUCAAAUGCAACCUCAUGCAGUCAUUUUUUUGGGUGAUUUGAUGGAUGAGGGAAGUGUGGCUACAAGAGAGGAGUAUCAGCGAUACAUUGAGAGAUUUUUCAACAUUUUCCACACACCUCAAGAGAUUCAGGCAAUUUACAAUCCAGGUGACAAUGACAUUGGUGGUGAAGAUGACAGUAUAACAGAACAAAAGCUGCAAAGAUAUAAACUGACUUUUAGUCAGCCUGAUCAAAUUGACAUUAAAAACAUUACUGUAUAUAAGGUGAACAGGCUGCUGUAUACAUUUCCACAGCCCGAAUUGCAUACCAAGAGCCUGACUAGCAAAAUGUCUAUUAUUGCUUCACACAUGCCGCUCUUGUUUACACCAAAUGACUUUGUGAGAAAGGUUGUUAAAAAGCUAAAGCCAGAAAUAAUUUUCUCGGCUCAUGAUCACAAAUCAUUGCAUACAACUAUGCAUAUAUUGAGGCCAGGUGAUGACACUGUUAUACAAGCUCUGCUUCCAAGUAGUGGUCCGGUUUGGAAAUUUUUUCUCCAGACGGAAAUAGUACAAGAAAUAAUGGUGCCUACCUGUUCAUACAGAAUGGGAGUGCAGGAUGUAGGCUAUGGUGCUGCCUUGUUUGAUCUCACAGAUAAUACUGUUCUUUACACCGUGCUUUGGCUACCAUAUCGUUUUUAUCACAUCAUAUCUUACGUACUGCUGCUAUUAUUAAUAAUUUUCAAUCUCUCAUUAUCUCUGGUUGCUAAGACAUAUAGAAGAAUAUCAAAUGGAUUUAAGUCUUGCCGAUUUUCACAUGUUUAGAGAAGAUUAUAAAUUUAUUUUCUUUACAUGCACCAUGAUAUAGCAUGAGUUCUUUUAAACUGCACCAGUUUUGUAAGAACCAGGUAGCAAUAAUAUCGUAACAUCAUUUUUAUGUUGAAAAUGCCCAUAUGAUUACUAUUUGUAAAUGCAUUCUGGUCAUUUGAAGGUAUCAUGUUUUUGUGACAUACUUCAGUUUCAGUAUUUUUCUCUUUUUUAACAAUGUAUUGUUACUGUAUAGAUUUUAUAAAGCAUUCUGCCUGCAUGAGCUAUCUACUCCAA